GAAUGAAAGAGGACAAAAGUGCUUAAUAUGUGUACUACAAUUUAGUAACUUCCACUCACAGAUACAAGAAAAUUUUUGGGGAAUAAAUCGAGGUUAGUGUUUCAAUUAAUGCUUAGUAUUUUCAGCUUAAAGUAUCGGAAAAAUUACCCAAUAAAAACGAGAUUACUGUUAUUAUGAGGUUUUUUCCUAUAUAGUUCAACAACGAGAAAUUGUAAUCUCUUUAAGAUAUGAGAGCUGAAGAAUUGUUUAUUUGUAUUUAUUGUGACUAAAUAUAAAAUAGAUUAGGGCUACAAGUACGGAAUUUUCAAAACUAAAGAUUUUGAAACUGCAGAGAAUUAUAGGAACAAUUUGCUUAGGUUUUUAAAUUAAAUUAUUCUCUAGUUAUCUAUUUAGUAAAAAUAUCAAGAUGCUCAUAUCACUAUAAUGGAAAAGAAAAAAUAGAAAAAUCUUAAUUAUAAAGUAUUUUUUGAAGAUGAUUGUAUCAAUCCUCGUUUACAAUUAGAACAAAAAAUAGGGAUUUCAUAAAGCCCACCCAAAAUUAUACCAUAAAACAUUAUUAAUUAAUAGGAUUAAUAAUAAGUUACCUUGGCUGUAAUUUAACCUACUAUAAGUGCUAUGUAUAAUUCAACAUUUAUGUACAUUAGCAAAAUUUCUAAAGAAGAGAAUCUCUCUAAGGGAAUUCCAUUAUCUGAAGUGAAACAGGAACCUACUGAAAAAAUUGAAUAAAAAAUAAUGAUUAGACCUGUUUAAUUAAAGCCAG